CCAUUACCAUCACAACAAUCAAAACGAUAUAAAAAACCGGAAUUAGAUAGAAAACGACUGGAUCUAUUAAAUGAAGCUGUGCGUAGUCAAUUUCGAAUCAGUAAACAUCAUUAUCCAACUUUUUAUAAAGAAAUAAUUCAACAAACAUUAGCUGAUUGUCUUUAUAAUGAAGGACCAAGAAAAGAAAAAAGACAAACAGUACAACAGCAACAACAAACGCUAGAGCAACCGGUAACAACGCCAGCUACUGCUCCAAUAACGUCCCAUCAUCAUCCCAUGAUCAUCAUCCGACUAAUGAUUAUUAUACAAUCGGAUAAGGAUAUUUAA